ACAUAGGUGACAGCGGGGAUGGGUAAUUUGGAUUUCUUAUUUCAAGAUGAUCAAAUUCAGCACUGGGAAAUGAGCACCAUGAAUGAUGUGGGCGGAGUUUUGCUGCCCUGAUGGAACCACACGCGAAUCGAUUUGUGAGAAACACGUGAUUCGUCCCAACUGGUUGGAAGCAUUACCUACUUCAUGCUUAGAGCAAGAAAGCAAAGCAGCUUAUGGCAAAUACGGCUUUACUAAUCUCUGUGAAGAAGAAGCUCCACGUCUGAUCAUUCAUAAUCCAGCGGCUUUGUGCAUUACAUAAUUCAGGAUCGCGAAAAUUCGCGUACUAAAUGCCAUAUCACAUUCCAUACCUUCAAUAUGGGCAAGAAAAAGAAGUCCAAGCAAACAGCCAAUUCAACAGCCCUUACUCCUUCAAUUCACCAGAUAUUAUACGCCAUCAAAAGACAGAAACCCAUUCUUGAAGUCACCCGGGACAAUGAAGUGCCACAUGGGCUAUCUCAAGAGCAAGGGGCAGUGGAUGCUGUUUCUGUGUUCACGGAUACAAUGAUUAAUUUUACGGACGCACUUAUCGCUAUAAUCGAUAGUGCAGCAAGUACUGAGCAGUGUUUAAGACAAGAAGUUGCCGAUUUGCAAACGUCCUUGGAGGAUUGCAAGGAGCGCAUGAGGCAAUCUGCGACGUCCACCGAGGCUGAGAUUAUAUCACUCCAGGAGGCGGCAAAAGAGCAAGAUGACAAGAUUGCAACACAAGAAGAGAAGCUGAUUGAGCAAGAUGGGAUGCUAGCUGAGCGAGAUCGAGAAUUUAAGGAUCAGAGGAACAGAUACAAUAUUCUUAAGUCUCUGUAUGAGCGGAGCUUGAAAGCCCAAGGUGCGAUGAAAAAGCAGAACGAUGAUCUGGUCGAAGAGAAGAAUCUUCUCCAGCAACGGCUCACCAGGGCCGAGACAGACGGCGUCAUGAAAGAUGCUGAGAUUAGACAACUCGAAUACGACCUCAGCGACGAAAUUGUGGAAGAUGAAGGGGUAACCCGUAGUCUCAAGGACAAGCACGACGCAUCACAGGAGGAAUAUGAUAGUCUCAAAAGCUGACACGGGGAUGUCGCACGGAAUUCCAGUGAAUAUGCUAAGUUGGAAAAGAAAUAUGCGGCACUCGAAAUCCGAGCCACCAAUGCUGAGACCGAGAUUUUGGAAAGAGACAGG